AUGCCAUCGGUCGACAGACUAAGCGCCUUGCCGGAUAACAUCAUCAGUCACAUUCUCUCGUUUCUCCCGAUCAACAUCUCCGUGUCGACCAGCAUCCUCUCUAGAAGAUGGAGGAUCAUGUGGGCCCACUUCCCGAAUCUUGAUUUCGACAGCAGAAGUAAUGAUCAUGAGACGGGAACUGGAGACAUCAUCAACAGGAUUAUGUCUAAUCCUAGACUGCAGAGCAUAAACACUUUCUGCCUCAAAUGCAGGCUUUAUCAUUUAUACUACGAGAACAAAGUCGAGAAGUGGUUCGCCGGGCGCAGUAUCAACAAUCUCAGUCUCUCCUUAAGUUGCGGUAUGCAGAGUCUUAUGGUUGCUCUGCCUCGAGCCACCUUCACGUGCAAAGCCCUUGUUGAGUUGAGGCUCACAUAUUGUCUCUUGCCAAGUUUUAGCGGUGAGGACAUAUCUUUCCCUCGCCUCAAGAAGCUUCAUCUCGAGACUGUUCGAUUUGGAACUGAUGAAAACCUUCCUAAAUUGCUUUGUUGCUGCCCGGUGCUUGAUGAUUUGUCCAUUAUUGGAAGUAAGGAUGACAAGUAUUAUAUCUCUUCACCCACAAUAAAAAAGCUCGAGUUAUCUUCUCUAACUUUUAUAUCUAUUUACAACCAUGAGGUGGGGAUAAUUGCUCCCGCACUUGAAUAUCUAAAGCUAUGGGUUCGCACGACCUCACAUGUCUCAACUUGUGCACUGACUUCCUUAAUUGAGGCAGACAUUUACAUUUAUUAUUCUUUUGGUAAUGGGGACAAGCCUUUUCGUCUUUCAGUGUUGGAUUUCGUCAACCGCCUCUGCAAAGUGAAGAGGCUAAAACUGUCAAUUAAUGUGCCGUUGCCUUCUAGGAUAAGAUCAAUCCCAAGGUUUCAUAAUUGUACCCGGCUUGAGUUGGACUUCAGUUGGCGUUCUCUCAUGAAAAUUUUGGAGAGAGCUGACAAUCUUGAAGUUCUAGUCAUCUUAAAGGUUGGUUAUGCUAGAAAAUGGGCGUUCAAAUGGCAGAAUCUGAGAGGAGCCCGAACAAGUGCCAAGAUGCCUGUUAUCUCGUCUAGCAGUGGUAAGCAUUGA